AGUUUUAAAUCGAGAAACUAACAAAAUAAUUUCAAAGUUUUAAUUUACAACAUUUUAGAUUAUUUACUUUAUCUUUAUCCAAUUGAUACUUAUUAAUACUAAAAAAAUUGUCAAGUUGUGAUUAUUACACAAGUGAAAGGCGAAAGCUAAUCAUUAAACCUAUUUAGAGAGAAGUGUACUUACCGCGCGUAUUAACUUUUGAAAACAAAUGUGUAAUAGGACUAGUUAAUUUAUUUUUAAGUAGGCUGAUAGGUUAAUUCUUUUGUUUAUUAAUAUAUGAAUUUGAAUUGAUGAUAUUGUAACAAAGUUUUGGAAUUAAAAUGUCUCAUUUUGAAUUUGUUAUCCCCCUUCAAAGAGAUGAACUGUGCAACUCCUCUGCAGGAGAGUACAAAGUGGAGGAAGUUCUGUCUCCAAAUGACAUCAAUGAAGCAGUUGAACGUGCUAUAGAUUCGUUCAAAGAAGAAGGCUGUACAUACAUUUUGGAUCAUUUUGACACAUUGUAUUCUGUACUGAUACAUUUUAGCCGCAUGGAGUGGUCAUUAAUUAGCAGAAUAUUUGAUAAGCUAAUUCUUGGAAGUUUGAAUCAGCUAAGUUACUUGAUAGAGCCAGUGAUAGAAGAUAUUCCAGAUGAAGAUGCCAGAAUACGAACUCUUAAUAUUUUAAAAAUGAAUUUGUACAUCUUUACACAGUUUCACAGCUGUGCUCAUGAUAAAAUCAGUUUUGAGAACAGUACUGCUGUUGCUGAAAAGGGAAAGAAUAAGAAGACGAAGAAAGGCAAACUGGACGAGUGUGGCUGGGAAUGGGACAACACCCAACGGCUGGCUUUCAUAGCCUUGUUUCAGCUAUUUCAAAUGCAGAUCAGCAAACUUUGGGAUCCACCCGUACCCGACGAACAGUUUAUCAACAUGUGUGCAAACUCCUGCUACAAGGCUCUGGAAGAGCAAACCAUCGCUCAUGUGAAGCAGAAACCACUGAGAGAGACAUUGUUUCAAGUGGUGGGAUUGUUGAUAAAGAGGUACAGCCACGGCAUCAGCUGUGUUGUCAAGAUCGUUCAGCUGUUGACCUUAUAUGAGCAUGUGGUGUCUCCCCUGGCACAUGGUGUGGUCAUGUUUGUCCGGGAGCUGGGCAUGAAAUCGUUAGUGAACGAGAUUGUCAGAGAACUGAUGAACUCGACAGACACUGUUCAAGACACUUCCAGCGUCAGAUACUUCUCGAACUUCCUAGUGGAAGUCGCAGAACUUGAACCGGAAAUAAUGAUUCCAACUACUAAGGAGCUGACCAAGUAUCUUGAUGAAGAUCCCUACUCGAUGCGCUGUUGUGUCUUAUCUGUGAUGACUGAGAUUCUGCUGAAUCAGCUGUCUCAUGAAGGACUAGACGAUAAUGCCAAAGAACAACGAGACCUCUACCUGGAGCUACUGGAGGAGCACACAAUGGAUUCUAACGCUUUUGUUCGCUCCAGGGUAUUGCAGUUGUGGCAAAAAAUAGUACAGAACAAUGCUGUGCCAAAGAUCAGAUUUCUGAUGGUGGUCGACUUGGCAAUUGAGAGAAUCUUGGACAGGAGCAGUAACGUGUGUAAACAUGCCAUCUCACUGCUCAAGGUUAUAUUGGAACAUAAUCCUUACGGUGCCCAGCUUAAUAUCCAGCAACUAGCUAACCAGUUAUUGCUUGCUGAAGAACAAAUGCAAACUCUGGAAAGAAAAAUUGGAUCAUUUAAAAAUAUGUCUCGUGAAAAUAUCUGGGAAUCUCUACAGCCUGACAUUAUUAUAUUCUUGUCUUCAAUCAUCAACUUUAGUGAAGAAGAAGAGGAGGCGUCUCAGUUGACUCAAUUGUUGACUAAAGACACUCUACAAGAAAACAUAAAAACUGUUGCUGUAUUUCUUACAAACAGAAAGUUUGAGCAGGCUUACAACAUGAUAAGAACCAUUGAACGGGCAUUUCCAGCUGCUAAAACUAUCAAGUCUGAUAUGCCGCCAAGUAAUACACUCAACUAUUACCUCACCAUAAUGAAGGAAAUGUUCAUGAUGUAUGCACCUUCGGAGGAAGAGUGUCAGCCUGAGGUGGAUGGUAACAAACCUGAAGAAGAGGAAGCUGUGGAUGAGGAUGUAUCAAAGGAACAAGAAGAGCUAAAAAUGCAAAAAGUAUUGGUUACCUUCCUUAUGGAUUGUCUGGAAUUUUCAAAAAAAGUGGAAGAUGCAGUUCUGAAUGUUAUUUUGAUCUUAAAUGAAGAAUCCAUUGCUGAGGUUUUAGAGGCUAUCAAUUUUCUCUCAACGACCUACCAAUUUGGUGUUCCAAAAGCUGAAAAAGGUGUUCAGGAAAUGCUAAGUCUCGUAUUUAGAAAGGAACCAGCAGUCAAAGAAGCUGUGACUGCAGCUUAUAGCACUUUAUACCUCACAGUUGAUUUACCAUCAAAAAGAGAAAAAGCAAUUGAAAAAGUAAACAGGCUAAGUAAACUAGCAAGUUCUCUGGACUUUGGGCAGCUGGAGGCUCUUACAAGCCUGAUUGUUGGUUGGCUGAAAAGUAAGGAACUUGAUGACGAGUUCAUAAAUGUACUGUUGGACAGAGUGAAGGCCCAGAACAUUGAAAUAUACAAGAAACAGACUGCUCUGGUUCUUCUAGGCAUGGUGACACAGGAACAUCCUGAGUUGGUUAAAACCCAUUUACCCCUGCUCAUCAACAGAGGACUGCGUGUGGAUUGCAGUGAUCCAACUAAUGUAGACUUAGUGUUUCUUACCUGCAAGAUCAUUUCAAACAUUUCAUUGUGCAAAGCCACCCCUGACGAAAAAAGGUAUCCUCCUGAUCACGAAAUGUUCACUUUAUUAAUAGGAAAUAUCAGAGAGAGUUUCACUAAGCUGGAGGGGAGUGAAAUUUUCAUACAAAUGGCCGAGGAGGCAGUUAACGUUAUAAUGGAGUUCUGUUCAGUGCCAAAUGAAAUAUGUGGGGAACUACUCUGUGAUUUGUUUGAAAUGAUGAGACUCGACCCAUCGUUAGAAGCUGAUCAAAAUAACGAUAAUACGAUUUUAAAUAUCAACGAAUCUUGCACGACUAGUAAUGAUACCAUUUCCAACCCAAACACAAAUCCCAUUCAGGGGGAGGACGUGGUUAAAGACAAAAACCUGUCUAAGAGGAUGAACGUGAAGACAGAUACAUUUUUAAGAUUCUUGUUCCUUGUUGGCCACGUUGCAUUCAAGUAUUCCCAGUUUUUAGAAGGGUAUUACUUGGAGACGUUGAAGCAAAAGUUGAGAACAAAGUUCAAAACUUUAUCACCAUCGAGAGAUUCAAACAAAAUUAAGGAAAUAACCAGACGAUCCAUAAAAUCCAAACAAGCUAAGGGAGAAGAAGAAACUGUAACAGAGUCAGACCUACUCGCAGCUGCUGACGAUAUGGCAACUGAGCAGGUUAGGCAUAUGCUGGACUCUGAUGUCGUCUGUGGAAACGGUGUACUCGCAGGAUUCAGUUUGUUGAUCAUUGACGUCUGUAAAAAUCCUAAGAAGUACCAGAAUCCACUGAUUACCUGUGUGGCAGCCACAGCUCUGGCCGAAACCAUGAUGGUUUCUUCUGUGUUCUGCAAUGAAAAUAUGCAGUUGCUAGUCACCAUGCUGGAGAAAUGUUCAGAAGAGAAUGUGCGUCUUUCCUUGGUAAUUGCCUUCGGAGACCUGCUUUUCAAAUUCCCCAACACUGUUGAGCCUUGGACCAGGUUUUUAUAUGCAAGACUGAGAGAUGAAUCAUGGAAGGUACGCCGCAAUACGUUGCUGGUCUUGUCUCACCUGGUGACAAAUGAAAUGGUCAAAGUCAAGGGCCAAAUUUCAGAAGUAGCAUUGUGUAUUGUUGAUGAAAACGAAGAGAUAGUUGAUUUGGCGAAGAGGUUCUUCUCUGAACUGUCUCUGAAAGGCAAUACGUUGUACAAUGUUCUGCCAGACAUCAUUUCACAUCUCUCCAAUCCCGCCUCGGAUGUUACUGUUGAAGAGAAAAACUUUGAAAUUAUACUCAAGUACAUAAUGGACCAGAUCCAGAAGGAGAAGCAACUGGAGAACUUGGUGGAGAAGCUUUGCAAGCGGAUGAAGGAAUCAAUAUGUGAACGGCAGUGGAAGGACCUGGCUUUCUGUUUGUCGCUGUUACCCUGGAGUGACCGCAGCCUUCGUCGAUUGAUAGAUCAUGCGUACUGUUUCUGUGACCGCCUUCUGUAUCAGCCUGUCGCCACCCUCUUCCUCAACAUCGUGGCCACAGUCACUCGGUCAAACAAGCCGGGUUUGAAGGAAAUUGGAGCCGAGUUGAAUACCAUUAUCGAUGAAGUCAUUACCAAAGGAUCAGCUGAUCAUUUACAAGACCCAGAUGACACAGUGUCAGAGUUACCAUCAUUACCAACAAAGACACCUGCGAAAAACCCCAGGAAAACGCCCAGAAAAACUCCAGCUAAAACACCAGGAAAUAAAAGGACUGGAAAAAAGAAUAAGAAAGUAAAAUAUUCCUCGGAAUCAGAAGAUGACAAUGCUGACUUGGAUAACAGCGAGGAUGAAGAGGAAAAAGAAAUUUUCAAAGCAGUGCCGAAGACGACACGAAGUGGACGAAGUGUAGCAAGAUUGUUUUAAUGAAAAGUUAAAUAUUGUUAAUAAUAAUAAGCUAAUUAUUAUAUUUCGCAAUAUAAUUAUGUAUAUUGGAUCUUCGAUUUAAAUAUUUAUUGUUUAAUAACACGUU